AGUGCUUUAAUUCUGACUGAGGUUCUCAAGGAACGUGACGCUCAGCUUGAACUUAAGCGGCUCAAGGAGCUUGCAGACAAAGAGCUAGACAAAGAUCAUACUAAAACAGAUCGAGAUGCCUAUGAAAAGAGCCUUCAAGCUGAUCUGGAGAAAGCUAGACUUUGUCAUGAAGCUGCUAAAAGAACUGCAGAAUUCCAAAUGGCUCAAAUACAUGAGCAUCUGACCAGUGAGGAAAAGGAGAAACUAAAUGAUCUCAAAGAGGGUGAAGAGCUGAAAAAAUUGGCAGCCCAGUUCCACAUCGAGAAAGAGAGACUGGACAAAAUGAGGAAAGAAGAGAGGAAGAUGGUGAUGAAAGAAAAUGUACAACAGAUUGAAGAUUGCAAGAAGAUUAAACAGCUACGAGAGCAAGAACAAGAGGAGGAAGAUGAAGAGUGCAGAGUUUUUGCUGCUGCUAAAAGAAAAAUGAUGCAGCUUCGAGCUCAGAAGGAGAUAGAUAUUUACAAAGACAAGCAGGCACGGCUGGAACGUAUCAAAGAUAAACUGAUUACUAAGCUGAAGCAGAAGAUUAACGAUGAAGAGGAUAGAAUGUGCAGUGCAGUAGAAGAGAUUGAGAAGAAACGCUUAGAGGAGGAGAGAGCUAAAGAAGAGAAACUACUGAAGGACAUACGUGAACAAGCAGAACACAGAAUGAUGCAGCUGAAAAACAAAGAAGAGAAAGCCAGACGGGAAAAGCAGGAGGAACUAGAGCUACUUCAGAUGAGACAUGCUGCUGAUGAACUUUUCAGACAAAAUGAAAAUGAAAAGUGCAUGCAACGAAGACAGAAUGCAGAACAGAUCAAGAAUUUUCUUAUUGAUCAAUAUAACGAUCAUGUGAAUAAAGAAGAGGAGGUUAAGAAAGUACAACUGGCAUUGGACAGAGCAAACUUGGAACUGCUAGAGAAGGAGGAGGAACAGUUCCAGGAAUAUGCCAGGAAGGUGAUUGACCACUGCAAGGAGAAGGGCCGCAAUGUUUAUCCGCUUGAGCGAGCAGCACAGAAAGGUGUAGGAGGACCUCCUUUUGCUGGGAAAUCAGUCAACCGAUCAGACUACCUGGUGUCUGACAAAUCAGGGAAGCAGCUGCCACACUACGAGGGUGACUCAACCAGUCAAACAAAGCUGCAGAUUAAUGGCAAGGGAGCUAGCAAGAACAGGCUGGGCUUUAUGUGGUAG